UGGGCUUAGUUCAGCAAAGACGCUCCUCUGAAAUUUUAAUCGAUCGGCUGCUGCUUCGCAAAAUGGCUGACCCGAACGCGAAAGCUAAGGUUGAUCUUGGACUUCUCGAAGAAGAUGACGAGUUUGAGGAGUUUCCUACUGAAGAGUGGACGGCGAAAGCCGAAGAUUCCCAAGACGUGAACGUCUGGGAAGACAACUGGGAUGACGACAACAUUGAAGACGACUUCAGUCAGCAACUCAGAGCAGAACUCGAGAAGCAGGGCUUCAAGGUUGAUGGAACAGGAGAGCCCAUCAAGACAUAAGUGCAGGCCACCGCAAGUUUGAAACACACGUGUCAUCUGAAGACAUGGCCCCCUCUCCACCUACCCAAACAUUUAAGGAAUUUCGCCCUUUCACUUUCUCUUUGCUGUGAUAAAAUAAACUUUCCUGAGACGGC